ACCUACACCAUACUAAACAUCCAAAAUGAAGUACCAAAAGGUAUCUUUUUUUGCACUUUUGUGCUCUUUAUAUGCUCAAAAUUGUGUGGCCGAUGUUGAAAAAGAGAAUGAACCUUUAGUUUUUACCCCUACUGAUGUUAAAGGUCGCGUUGUCGAACAAUUCUUGGGAGAUUGGACAGAACGUUGGACCCCUUCUCAUGCUAAACGUGUUGUGAAUGGUAUAGAAGAAAUGGCUUACAAUGGUGAAUGGGCAGUUGAGGAAAGCAAAUCACCAGGAGCCGUUUCUGGUGAACUAGGAUUGGUAAUGAAAGAUGCCGCUGCUCACCACGCUAUCUCGUAUGAAUUUGAUGAACCAGUAGACGAACCCCAAAAGGAUUUAGUAGUUCAGUAUGAAGUCAACGCUCAGGACGGAUUGAACUGUGGUGGUGCCUACUUGAAGCUUUUGGCUGAACGCCCUAAUGGAGAGAUGUCAAAUACUGUUCCUUACAGAGUUAUGUUUGGCCCUGAUAAAUGCGGUAUCAACGAUCGCGUCCACUUCAUCUUUAAGCAUGAGAAUCCCAUCUCUCAUGUUUCCUCUGAAAAGCAUUUAGACAGUAAACCUGCUUCUCUUAUUAGACCAGGAAUUACCAAUUUGUAUACUCUUGUUGUUCAUCCUGACCAAACCUAUGAAGUUCGUGUUAACGGUGAUAUAAUUCGCUCUGGCUCUUUGUUCACAGAUUUCCUUCCUCCUGUAUUGCCUCCUUUAGAAGUUUAUGAUCCAGAAGAUAUCAAACCACAAGACUGGGUUGAUGAAGCUGAAAUUCCCGACGUCAAUGCUGUUAAGCCUGACGAUUGGGAUGAAGAUGCUCCUCGUAUGAUUCCUGAUCCUGAUGCAUUGCAACCCGAAGAUUGGCUUUCGGACGAGCCUUUCUAUAUUCCUGAUCCAAAGGCCGUAAAGCCCGAAGACUGGAAUGAUGAAGAGGAUGGUGAUUGGGUGGCUCCUGAAAUUGCCAACCCCAAGUGUCUCGAAGUCUCCGGUUGUGGCGAGUGGAAGGCUCCUUUGAUCCCUAAUCCUAACUUCCGUGGCCCAUGGACUCCUCCUAUGAUCCCUAAUCCUGAUUACAUUGGUGAAUGGAUACCACGCAAAAUUCCAAACCCUAACUACUUUGAUGAUGAACAUCCAUCUCAUUUCGGCCCCAUCUACGGUAUUGGAUUUGAACUUUGGACCAUGCAGCCAAACAUUCGCUUCUCUAAUAUUUAUUUUGGUCAUUCCAUUGAGGAUGCCGAACGCUUGGGUAACGAAACAUUUGUUCCCAAAUCAAACAUUGAGCAAAGUUUGCUAGUCAAGCGAAGAACCGAGAAGAAACCAUCUAUGCAUGUUGACGAGGAAGAGGGCAAGAUUGCGGCUCUUUUCCUUCAAACAUAUGAAAAAGUUAAAGCUAAGCUUCCUCCUUCCGUUGUGGCUACACUCGACCCUUACGUUACAACACUUCUUCAAUCUUCCGAGAUGACCAUUGCUGCUGUUUCUGUUCUUUUCUCUAUUCUCGCCGUCCUUAUCACUUGUUUGUAUUACUUAACCUCCUCUUCAUCUUCAUCCUCCUCUUCUCCUGCUCCUCUCUCUGCGGGUGUUACUGAGGCUGAAAAGGAACAACAAGAAAUUUUCAGACGUGAGGAAAUAAAUGAUAAUAUUGACGUAUCUUAUGCUCCUGAAUUAGAAUCCACUCCUAAAAGUGAAGAUAUUAAUGUUAACGCUUAAUCCGAAUUAGCUAUCUAUGAACUAUUCAAUCUACUUGAAUAACAUUACGGACUAUUAGUAGAAUGAAGUUUAGUAAUACAACUGUUCUCUACCGAAAUUUUGUCUACUGGUCGAGCAUUUUGCUUCCUAGUGCUGGAAUAACUUAUACUAAAUUACACUAACAAGCGUAGGGUUGAGUAUUUUGUUCAUAAUGCGU